AUGCCUCCUAGAAGACAAGCAGGCAGGCCAAGAAGGUACGCGCAGGUACCAGAGCAGGUACCUAGGAGAGACCAGGCUGGGGGAGCAGGAGCGCAACCACCACCUCCUCCACCACCGCCUCCUAUAGUGCCAGAGAGGCGAGUGGAAGAAAUAUUCCUCAAACAGAACCCACCUGUGUUCAAUGGUCUGGGGAACCCAGCUACAGCGGAGACCUGGGUGCGUGCGAUUGAGCGCAUCUUUGAUUUUCUUCAGUGCACCGACAGGGAGCGACUCUCAUGUGUGAAGUUUCAAUUGGUUGAGUCCGCCGACUUCUGGUGGGAAGCCAGGCGAAAGGUUAUGACUCGUGAGCGGUUAGAGCACCUGACUUGGGAGGAGUUUAAGAAUGAACUGUACGGUAAGUACGUCCCCAAAAGCUACCGCAAGGCCAAAGAGGUGGAGUUCUAUGGUUUGAAACAGGGAAAGAUGACAGUGACCGAGUAUGAUAGGUUGUUCUGUGACAUGUCACGCUAUGCGCUCGGACUAGUAGACACGGACGAGAAAAUGGCCGAGAAGUUCUGCACUGGCCUGAGAUCGGAGAUAAGAAUGGCUCUGGCCAGUCAUGGAGGUCUGACCUAUGUCGAGUCAUUGGGCCGGGCCCUGGACAUCGAGGCAGCUAUGCCCAAAGAGAGGCCGGCGACGCAUGUCACCACCGCUCCACCGCCGCCACAGCAGCAGUUCCCUCGAGAAAAGAGGAAAUGGGAAGGAGACCGAGUCCCGACUGAUGCCAAGAAACCACAGUUCGCCCCUAAGCCACAGCAGAACCGUUGGUACCAAACUGCCCCGACUCCAGCCGUGGAGCGCAGAGCCCAGGCACCUCAGUGUGCGAGAUGCUCGAAGAGACAUGACGGACGAGUGUAA